GCGACACCGGUGUCAUCAGCAGCUGUCCGGCUAGAUUUGCUGCUAGCCACAGUGCAUCAGCUGUCGUUUGACGGGAUGUUCGUAUAGAUGACCGUUUGCCCUGCUCGUAAACCCAGCUCCCUGAAGAUGUGCCGCUGAAGAAUGCGCUAGAUAUUACAUCUGCAGUGAGUUUAAAAGCUCUCUUGUCAUCCCGGUUGUCAUGGAGAAGCCCUGGAGGUUGUGGGGGCCACUGGAGGCGUGUUUGCUGAGUGUGUGCGCAUGGUCGUGGGGAUUCUGCCGCGUCUCCCUGCUGGCCCUGAUUCUCACCUUCCAUCUGUACGGCGGCUUCGUCCUGCUGGGACUCAUCCUGGCAUCGUUAGCCGGAAUCCUGUACAAGUUCCAGGACGUGCUUCUCUACUUCCCUGACCAGCCCUCUUCCUCGCGUCUGUACGUUCCCAUGCCCACGGGAAUCCCCCACGAGAAUGUGUACAUCCGCACCAAAGAUGGCAUCCGGCUCAAUCUCAUCCUGCUUCGUUACACUGGCGAAAACCCAGCCGGCGCUCCCACUAUUUUAUAUUUUCACGGUAAUGCUGGGAAUAUUGGCCAUCGCGUGCCAAAUGCUCUCCUCAUGCUGGUCAACCUGAAGGCCAACGUGGUUCUGGUGGACUACAGAGGCUACGGAAAAAGCGAAGGAGAUCCCAGUGAAGAGGGACUCUACCAGGAUGCCGAGGCUACAUUGGAUUACGUUAUGACCCGACCGGACAUUGACAAAACAAAGGUUGUGCUGUUCGGCCGAUCUUUGGGCGGUGCGGUGGCCAUCCGCUUGGCAUCAUGCAACCCGCACCGAGUGGCCGCCAUCAUGGUGGAAAACACUUUUUUAAGCAUCCCGCACAUGGCGGCCACCCUCUUCUCCUUCUUUCCCAUGCGCUACCUACCGCUCUGGUGCUACAAGAACAAGUUCCUGUCCUAUAGACACGUGGUGCUCUGCCGCAUGCCAUCGCUCUUCAUCUCGGGCUUAUCAGACCAGCUCAUCCCGCCAGUGAUGAUGAAGCAGCUGUACGAGCUGUCUCCAUCUCGGACUAAACGCCUUGCCAUUUUUCCGGAGGGCACUCACAACGACACCUGGCAAUGCCAAGGUUAUUUUUCUGCCCUAGAGCAGUUUAUGAAGGAGCUGCUUAAAAGCCAUGCACGUGAAGAGACGACCCAGGGGACAGCCAGCGUCACCAUAAUCUAGAACAAGAACUACUGCUCUAAAUCGGGACCCUCUUGGAUAGAAUGUACAAUUUGUUUCUCUCAUUUUGUUGUUUAUUUCUUUUUCAUAUCCCAACUUCAUAUAAAGCUCUUUCUUUCUGUUGAUCAUACAUCAAGAGUUCAUUAUUCACGUUCAGUUAUUUAAUAGUGAAGACUGCAUUUUUGAAACCCUCAGAAUAAUUUUUUGGUCAGUUUUUGUUACACCUCAUGCAUUCAGCAUCCUUUCUGGGGUUUUUUUUUUCCUUCAAGAAAUUUAUGCCCUUGAAAGUUUAUUAAUAGGUACUUGAAAAUGCAAUUGAAAAGUGCAAAAAGCCUAACUAUUUUCUUAACUUAAACUGUUCAGAUUUACAUUUAAAUUGUUGGAAUUUGUUAUGGUUUUAAAGUAAAGGACUAGUUAACCCAAAAAUUGAACAUUUACUCUUCCUUAUUUGGUUUUAGACCUGU